UGUCACAAUCUUCAGAUCGUCCUUAACAGCCAAUCACGUCACGGCUUCUUUACUGUACACACGUGCACGGAGCAACGCGUUCUAAGCUAAAACGUUGAGCUAUUUCAUCUUUAAAAAUGGCUAAAAGCCUCAGGAGCAAAUGGAAGCGUAAAAUGCGAGCGGAGAAGAGAAAGAAAAAUGCUCCUAAGGAGCUUGCUCGACUCAAACAAGCUCUGAAUUUGGACAAGAAAGGAGAGGCCGAAAUGGCUGACUUACAGGACAUCGCCACAGUGGUGCCGGCUGACAAGAUAAAGAAGAUAGAUGUUGAAAUGGAGGAAGAAAAGGAGGAUGAUGGGAAGAUGGACAUGGACAAGACACGAAACAAGAAAACUCUGUUGGAUGAACAUGGACAGUAUCCUGCGUGGAUGAGUCAGCGGCAAGCCAAGAAGAUGAAAGCUAAACGUGUGGCCAAGAAAACUGGCAAGGUCAAGCAGAAGAAGGGUAUUGCCUGGUAACACCCGUGCUUUGUUUCAGACUCUUAUAAACGGAAGUACAUCUUCUUUCGUAGCAGACUCAACGGCUCAUGGUCGCACAACAGAGCCUGAAAUUUCCCAGUUUGCCGAAGAAAUGUUUGUCCUUAAAAAAUGUUGGCUCUAAUUUGAGCUCAGAGGAAGCCUUGUAAACAUAAAUCUUAUCAGUGUCAAGUGGCACAAUGUCUUAGAUGAGGAGAUGCGUUUCCUGAUUUAAUAAAUGAUUCCAGGUCCUUCA